AUGGGCGGCUCAGGGCGAAAAGUCGCGGGCUGUGUCCCCACGAGGCCCGUGGCUUCGAGCGCUGUUGCCGAGCCAGUUGCCGGAGCCAGUGCGCGACCCUGUGACCGGUAUGAGGUUUUGCUGGUUCGCUCCAAGUACGACCCGCGAGUGUGGCUGUUUCCGAAAGGAGGAGUGAAGCGAAAAGAGAGCCCCAAAGAAGCUGCGGUUCGCGAAACGCGCGAGGAAGCCGGUGUCGAGGGUACAGUACUCGCUAAACUUGGCACAUGGCGACCUUGGAGCGGGGAACAACAUACUAUGUUUCUGAUGCUCGUGGAACUGGAACGCAGACCCGGUGAUCCCCUGUGGCAAGAGUCCAGGGAACGGCCGAGGCGUUGGUUCUCGUUUGCGGACGCAGAGCGGCAACUUGAAGCAACAAGGGGCAAACGGCCAGAGCUCUUGGACAUGCUACGAACCGCUCGAAAGGCUCUUGCCGAUUAUGAAGAGGAGCAAGCUAGAGCGCGCGAGAAAGAGCAGAAGAAACUACUGAAAAGGGAACAGAAAAGACUUGGUAAGCUUGUCGAGGCAGCAUUAGCAGAUACUUGCGAUGAUCCAGGCUGCACGUCGACGUGA